CUACCAAAAUAAGUGUGACAGGAAAAGUAGCUGCUAUUUCAGUAGCUGCUACUAGGUAGCUGCUAGUAAGUAGCCAAGUGUGACACAGGCUUAGAUUUAGAAACGAAACAACGAAGCUAACUGGGAACUCCACAACAAUGACAAACACAAAUUUUGAGAUGGAGGUUGAUGAAAAGUCGGCCAAAGGAGAAGGCUUCCGGCCGUACUACAUCACAAAGAUUGAAGAGCUUCAGUUAAUUGUUGCAGAGAAAAGUCAAAACUUAAGACGUCUCCAAGCCCAACGGAACGAACUCAACGCUAAAGUGAGAAUGUUGCGUGAGGAGCUACAGCUGCUACAAGAGCAAGGCUCGUAUGUUGGGGAAGUUGUAAAGCCGAUGGACAAGAAGAAGGUUCUCGUCAAAGUUCAUCCUGAAGGAAAAUUUGUCGUAGAUUUAGACAAGAACAUUGAUAUCAACGACGUGACACCUAACUCACGUGUCGCACUGCGCAACGAGAGCUACACUCUCCAUAAAAUUUUGCCCAAUAAGGUGGAUCCUUUGGUUUCCCUUAUGAUGGUGGAGAAGGUCCCUGACUCUACAUAUGAGAUGGUGGGAGGUCUGGACAAGCAGAUCAAGGAGAUCAAGGAAGUAAUAGAACUGCCUGUCAAACACCCAGAACUUUUUGAUGCUCUUGGUAUCGCACAACCCAAGGGUGUACUGCUAUACGGCCCACCUGGCACUGGUAAGACGCUGCUGGCUCGAGCCGUAGCUCACCACACAGAAUGUACCUUCAUCCGAGUCUCUGGUUCAGAGUUGGUACAGAAGUUCAUUGGAGAAGGUUCACGGAUGGUGCGAGAGCUGUUCGUCAUGGCAAGAGAGCAUGCACCGUCCAUCAUUUUCAUGGAUGAGAUAGAUUCUAUCGGCUCAUCUCGUAUUGAGUCAGGCAGUGGAGGUGACUCUGAGGUGCAGCGGACCAUGUUGGAACUGUUGAAUCAGCUGGACGGAUUCGAGGCCACCAAGAACAUCAAGGUUAUAAUGGCAACCAACCGCAUUGACAUUCUGGAUCCGGCACUGCUCCGGCCAGGCCGUAUUGACCGCAAGAUUGAGUUCCCCCCACCAAAUGAGGAGGCUCGACUGGACAUUCUGCGCAUUCACUCUCGCAAGAUGAACCUGACUCGAGGCAUCAAUCUGCGCAAGAUUGCAGAGCUCAUGCCUGGUGCUUCUGGCGCUGAAGUUAAGGGAGUUUGUACUGAGGCGGGGAUGUACGCUCUACGUGAGCGUCGUGUUCAUGUCACUCAGGAGGACUUUGAGAUGGCUGUCGCCAAGGUUAUGCAGAAGGACUCAGAGAAGAACAUGUCCAUCAAGAAGCUCUGGAAAUGAAUGCUUUAUCUAUUCAUAUAAUUCAUUUUCCUUAAUUCACUUAAUGUUUUUGUUUGUUAAUAGAUUUAGAUCAAUUAAAUUUAUUUUGUACAUGUA